AGGGUAAACCCAUUUUCGGCAUAUUCCAAACAAAGCCUUAGGCCGCAGGGCGUUCGUGUGGCUCUAUCUUCAGGGUUUUGUAGAGUGUUAUCGUCUAGAGAGAUUCAGACAUGGCGAUCCAUCUGGCUAUUCGGCGUUCUCGACUUUCUUCUUUCUCCUUCGCGGUGCGUUCUCGUUCUCACCCUUUUUGUUUCGUUUUCGGUUUCGGUAAUAUCUAUUCCAGCAAUGGAACCCUAGCUAAAACCCUAAGCACCUCUGCAUUCCCAAAUCAGUAUCCGCCACCACAAACACCUCAUCAGCCUCAAUAUCACCAACAGCAACCACCGCCCUCUGAUCCUAACCUCUACCGUGACCACCAGAGAAGCCCCAAUCAGUGGGCUCCGCAGCACCAGAGUCAGGGUCAGGGCUAUCAGCCUCAACACGGAUAUAAUCGGCCAGAUGUCUACCCGAGCCAACAGCAUGGAUAUAAUAAUCCACAACGACAGGUUCAGAACCCUAAUCAGUGGAACCACCAAAUCAACCCGAAUCAGGCGCCGCCUCCUCCACAGCGACAGAGUCAGGGUCAGAGCUAUCAGCCUCAACCUGGAUAUAAUCAAAAUAAUCUGGCCGAUAGCUACUCGAGUCAACGGCACGAAUAUGGAAAUCCACAAGCACAGGUUCAGAACCCUAUUCAGCGGAAUAACCAAAUCAAUCCGAAUCAAGCACAGAAUGUGAAUGCGGCGCCUCCUCCUCCUCCUCCUAGUAUUGUUGAUUUGGUGCGUUUUUGCCAAGUGGAGAAAAUCAAGGAGGCUAUUGAAGUGAUGGAUAAGGGAGUUAAGGCUGAUGCUAAUUGUUUCUACACUUUGUUUGAAUUGUGUGGAAAAUCAAAGCAACUAGAGGAUGCGAAGAAGGUACAUGAUUACUUUUUGCAGUCGACUUUUAGGAGUGAUCUUCAGUUGAAUAAUAAAGUGCUUGAAAUGUAUGGGAAGUGUGGGAGUAUGACUGACGCAAGGAGAGUGUUUGAUCAUAUGCCAAGCAGGGAUAUGGAUUCCUGGCAUUUGAUGAUAAAAGGGUAUGCGGAUAAUGCAUUGGGGGAUGAGGGGCUGGAGAUGUUUGAGCAAAUGAGGAAUUUAGGGUUGAAACCCAAUGAACAGACUUUCCUUCUGGUUUUAUCAGCUUGUGCUAGUGCUGAUGCAAUAGAUGAAGGGUUUAUACAUUUUGAGUCGAUGAAAAAUGAUUAUGGAAUUUCUCCAAGAAUGGAACACUAUUUGGGGAUUAUAGAUGUUCUUGGAAAGUCUGGGCAUAUUUAUGAAGUGAAGGAGUAUAUUGAGAAACUGCCAUUUGAGCCCACACUGGAGAUUUGGGAGGCUCUGCGGAAUUAUGCUCGAAUUCAUGGAGAUGUUGAUCUUGAAGAUCACGCAGAGGAGCUAGUGAUUGCUCUUGACCCAUCAAAAGCUGAUCCUAAAAAGAUCUCUACACCACUACCAAAGAAAUACACUCUGAUUAGCAUGCUUGAGGGGAAGCAUAGGAUCAGCGAGGUUCGGAAUCCAACGCUUUACAAAGAUGAUGAAAAAUUAAAGGCGUUCAAAAAUUUGAAAGCACAAAGUUAUGUGCCAGACACAAGAUUUGUUCUUCACGACAUUGAUCAGGAGGCAAAGGAGCAGGCUUUGCUUUAUCACAGUGAGCGUUUGGCUAUUGCAUUCGGCCUGAUCAGCACUCCAGCUAGGACACCACUCAGGAUUAUAAAAAACCUGCGUGUAUGUGGUGACUGUCACAAUGCCAUUAAGAUUAUGUCUAAGCUUGUUGGGAGAGAAUUGAUUGUUAGGGACAACAAAAGGUUUCAUCACUUUAAAGAUGGAAAAUGCUCUUGUGGAGAUUACUGGUGAAGUCAUCAUGGUUUCUAACCAAGCAUAUUCGCUGAGAUUACCAUGUUUGGAGCUACUGUGUAAACUGCUGAAACCACCAAGCUGUGCGGGUAAAAGUGAACUGGUGAUUUAGCUAGAUUGUGGAUGGAAGGCUUGUGAUGUAUGGUUUGCUUAGUUUGAUCAAAUAUAUCUAUCGCAUUCUGUGCUACCAUUGCUAAUGUUUCUACGUUUUCUGCAAUAGUAAUUAACAAUUUAUUUGAAUAGAACAUCUAGAGCAUCUUUAAUUUGUGAUUUUUAAUAUGUACUAUUAUUCUAAGUUUUCUUUUUUUCUUUUUUUUGUGUGUAUGUGGUUUUUACAUAGGCAAAUGAAUGUCCCUGCUUAUCAUAUA